AUGGUGCACCGACGAGGUCUUCCCAUGAAGAAAUACAGUAUCUUUCACAUCCUGUUACUGUAUCUGUUUCAUAUUGACAUUCAUCAUCUGGGAUAUGAACGUGGCUCGAAUUGCCGCUCUUUUUCAAAAAAGCGCAUUGCUAGCUCUCGGGCCUCCCAUGCGCCUCGAGGCGGAGCCGAGGGUCCGCUUCCCUCGUGCCCCAUGUGA